AUGGGUCAAGACGUGAGCAGCACUUUGCGUUCCCGCUUGGAGAAUUCCACUCUGGAGAAACUACUCGACGAGGACGAGGUUGUCCAGGCGCUGGAACAGUAUCCAAUACCCGAGAAAAUGCAAAGGAAUCUUGCUAGAAUUCUAAAAUCAUCCUCACAAACGAAAAUCUCAUUCGAGAAACGCCAGCUCAGGCCUUUUCGCGACAGGCUGGGUCCACUAUGGGGACUUCAGGCCAAGGACUUCAGCAUUACUCAAGAUACUCUAGGCAACCUUCUUAGAUUUGGCAUAGGACAAUCGUCAAAUGGUGUCGACCCUUUGCCUCCGUCGAAUCACUACCAAUACACUCGGAACAUACGAACAGCUCUCUCAGUGAAUAGAGUUAUUUGGAGAUUCCUGACUACUUUCUACUCCGACGUGAUCCUAGAACUCGGCAAUACGAGACGGCGACUUUCCAAUCCCGAUCAUGCUGGCGUUGCUCUAGUAGUUGGCAUGAUUUGUGGAGGAGGAGAGCACGACAGAACAACUGUUGAGCAGGAUGUAAAGGCAUGGGCGGAGACUGGGUGA